CCCCCCACCCCCCGUCCUGCGGACCGGAAGCCGUGCGCGCCGGGGGCUUGUGGGAAGCGGCUGAAAGCGGCGGCGCAGCGUCUGCCCGGGACGACGAGGCUGCGGCGGGUCCCGAGCCAGAGGAGUACUUUUGAGGAAAACAGGUAUUUCUCUGAGGUCUGUACCUUGCCUCUGUUGCCUUUUCUUGGAGGUAUUGUAACAGGAUGUCUGCCCAGUCAGUGGAAGAAGAUUCAAUACUUAUCAUCCCAAAUCCAGAUGAAGAAGAAAAAAUUCUGAGAGUGAAACUAGAGGAGGAUCCUGACGGUGAAGAAGGAUCGAGCAUUUCCUGGAACCAUCUCCCUGACCCGGAGAUUUUCCGGCAGCGGUUCAGGCAGUUUGGAUACCAGGAUUCACCAGGACCGCGAGAGGCGGUGAGGGAGCUCCGAGAACUGUGCCGCCUGUGGCUCAGACCGGAGAUGCACACGAAGGAGCAGAUACUGGAGCUGGUGGUUUUGGAGCAGUUUGUCGCCAUCCUCCCCAAGGAGCUACAGACUUUGGUUCGAGAGCAUCACCCAGAGAACGGAGAGGAGGCAGUGACUGUUCUGGAGGACUUGGAGAGUGAACUUGAUGACCCUGGACAGCCGGUUUCUCUCCGUCGGCGGAAACGGGAAGUACUUGUAGAAGAGAUAGCAUCUCAAGAAGACGCUCAGGGAUUACCGAGUUCUGAGCUUGACGCCGUAGAGAACCAGCUCAAGUGGGCAUCCUGGGAACUCCACUCUCUGAGGCACUGUGAUGAUGAUGCUACGGCAGAGAAUGGAGCUCUGGCCCCAAAGCAGGAGAUCGCUUCAGCGGGAGAGUCUCACGAGGUUCCUGGCACUCUCAACAUAGGUGUUCCUCAGAUUUUCAAAUAUGGAGAAACCUGUUUUCCCAAGGGCAGGUUUGAAAGAAAGAGAAAUCCUUCCAGAAAGAAACAACACAUAUGUGAUGAGUGUGGGAAACACUUCAGUCAGGGCUCUGCCCUUAUUCUUCAUCAGAGAAUCCACAGUGGGGAGAAGCCUUACGGAUGUGUCGAAUGUGGAAAAGCCUUCAGCAGAAGCUCCAUCCUUGUGCAGCACCAGAGAGUCCAUACUGGAGAAAAACCCUACAAGUGUCUUGAAUGUGGGAAAGCCUUUAGCCAGAAUUCUGGGCUCAUUAACCAUCAGCGAAUCCACACUGGGGAGAAACCGUAUGAAUGUGUUCAGUGUGGGAAAUCCUAUAGUCAAAGCUCAAAUCUUUUUAGACAUCAGAGAAGACACAAUGCAGAAAAACUUUUAAAUGUUGUGAAGGUUUAAGAAAUUAUGAGGAAACAAUCAGCACUCAGGUCUUUUUCUUCAGAAAUGAAGACAAAAUUAAAAAGUGAAGAGAUACGGAAACUAUUUUUCCCCAUUGACUGAGAAAAUCUACUGGGAAAUAAAAAAAAAUCUUCAUUCACCAUUAUUACCUUGAAAGAAAUGGUGUUAUACCUGCCUAGAAACUGAAAUUUUAAAUAAUUCAGGUGUUAAUAACCUAAAUUUUCCAUGUGAUGUUUAUAUUCUCUUUUUUUCUCCCCAAGUAAUGAGAUGCCUGGUUCUCCGUCUCUCCCCUUUUUCAGACAGCUACUUUAUUUCUGUGUUGAUCACUGGAGUGGUGUUCUGUGAGGGUGCACACCUUUUUGUUUUAAAGGGCAACACAGGAAUUGUAAAAUCUAAAGCCCAUCUUCAAGGUUUAGAACCAUCCUUGAAAGCUUAGCUUCCUUUUGUUCAGGUUGAGAAGAUAAAGGCCAAAGCCGCAGUCAGAUAAGCCUUAAGGUCUCAGACGAGAGAUGGCAGCAAAACUUCCAGGAGCAGAGGGACAACUGGGGCAGUUCCCCGGUGAAGCACGUCUCUUAAGUACAGUCAGUCUGCAGGAAACCUCCAAAGGAAAAGUGAUUUUACCUAACUUGUGGGAAUCUUACUAACUAAAAUGGUUUUCCUGUGUAAACACAGACAAUUGUAGAAGUGAUGGUAAAUCAAACACUAAGGAAGAAUGUAGUGAUACUGAAAGGCAAAUGUAAAAUUAAAGUAAUUAUAUGUAUGACAUGGCUUUUAGAAAAACUCUUAACUCAUUUUGCCUCAUCCUAGUUAAGGACAGGGAAUUCCAUGAUAGGGUGGGCAGCAAUAUCAGGUUUGCUAUUUUUAUUCCUUUGGUACAAAAGGGUUGAACACCAGGCUAAAACAGCCAUACAUUUCUUAUUAAACGUUUCUACCGACAGUGCACUGUGCUGGGUACUGUAAUCCUACCUAAGCAGGUAGGUAUUCGCUCCACUGUAAGUCAUACGGGGUUUCCCCAUCAGCAUUCCCAGCCACCUCUGAGAGCACCAGAGUUGUAGUUCUCUUGCCAGUGUGUUGUGUUUGGAGGGAGAGCUAGCUAGUCAGCUCUUAGCGUUCUUCAGAGGUGAGCUCAAGACACACUCUUAGUUUGAAAGUUUAUGAAUCUUAAAAAUCCAAACAUUUCUAGUAGCAUUGUGGUUGUAGCUACACAUUGAAUGGACUGUACUUUAAACAACUAAGCUAUUAAUAACUAGUUUAUUAACGGUCAGAAUUGAUUUUCUAAUCUACAGUCUUAACACAUUUUUUUAAAGAAGUAUUAAAAGUAAUACAUUUUAGUAGUAGGAUUCUGUAUGCCUUGGCUAAGAAUCCAAGUACUGUGGUUCUACUGUUAAAUGGAAAACUCUGGAAGUUAAAACAUUGGGUAAGAGAAGAGGUUUUGUUUGGUUUUGUUUUGUUUUAUAUGUAAGACAGGCAUUGUUACAUGGAAAAUUAUCCGUGCAAGUACAAAUAUUUUAUAGCUCCAGUUAUUUGGGUCCUAUCUGGUGCUUCGUCAAAUUUUAACGUGAAAAGUGAGGUUUUUGAGUGAACCUGGUGAAAAGCAGUAAAAAAUGCAGCACCGCUGCUGAGGUGAGGCAGAAUGACGCUUGUUCAUGAUUUUCUGAGAACAAUUAUAAGAAAUGUGCUUUAUAGAUGAAGAUUUAUUGAGGUAUAAAUAUGUAGUAAUGCUAUAAUGUAUUUUUAAGUUAUACAAGAAAAUGUAGGGACUUUUGUUUGGGUCUUUCUCUGUGGCUGAGAGGAAACAAGUUAAUGUCCAAUAAAGCUGGAAACUCCUCUGCUCUAAGAUAAAGUGGCUUGAACCUGCCUUACUUAUUUA